AUGUCCUCAGAGGGUCAGCCCGGUGACCUAGCUCAGGCUUCUAAUGAAAGUGAGAGCAGUGGAGAUUUAGCUGGUCCUCUUGUUAGAGAAGAUAGAUUGGACAGUGGCAGCAUCUCAGUUGAGGAGAACAUGACAGAAGCUGAUAUUGUUGGACAUUUUCAAGUUGUUGAUAAAAAUGAAGAUG